AUGUCAGCUGUCAAUGACACCAAAUUCAAUUCUGCAGUGUUCCUUCUCACCGGGAUAUCUGGCCAGGAAGACGUCCAUCUCUGGAUCGCUGUCCCCUUCUGCUUAAUUUAUGUUAUUUCAAUAGUAGGAAAUUCAGGCAUUCUGUUCAUUAUAAAAACAGAUCCAAGCCUCCAUGAGCCCAUGUACAUUUUCCUUUCCAUGUUGGCCAUCACAGACCUUGGCAUAUCGAUAUCCUCCAUGCCGACGAUACUGGGCAUAUACUUGUUUAACUCUCGGAAGAUCAGCUUCAGUGCCUGUUUUGCCCAGAUAUUCUUCAUCCACUCGCUUUCAAAAACUGAGUCCUCCGUCCUCUUGCUGAUGGCCUUUGACCGCUUCAUCGCAAUCUGUAACCCGCUGAGAUAUUCUUCCAUCUUAAACCUGCCAAGAAUAGGCAAAAUGGGACUGGUAUUUGCACUAAGAAGUUUGGUUCUAGUAUUCCCGCUCCCAUUUCUACUGAAAAGGUUCCGAUACCGUCGAGUCAAUGUCCUCUCUCAUUCCUUCUGCCUGCACCAGGAGGUCAUGAAGUUGGCUUGUUCAGAUAUCACAGUGAAUAGCAUCUACGGCUUGUAUAUUACACUCUUAACAAUGGGGUUGGACUCGCUGCUCAUCUUCCUCUCUUACAUGAUGAUCCUCAAAACAGUGCUGAGCAUCACAUCCAAAGCAGGGCGCCUCAGGGCCCUGAACACCUGCGUCUCCCACCUCUGUGCCGUCCUGCUGUUCUAUUCAGCAGAGAUCGGCCUUGCUCUGAUACACAGAUUUGGAAACGGCUCAUAUCCCUUGCUUCAAACUGUCCUGGGCUACAUCUCCCUGCUGCUCCCACCCCUGAUUAAUCCAAUCAUGUACAGUAUGAAAAGCAGGCACCUGCAUGCAGGGAUAAUGAGGGCAUUCGUCAAGUGCAGGAUCAGUUCAUGA